CAUCCAUUCAAAUCCCAUUCGCCUUACACACGUUAUUCCUCGCCCAAGAUGGCCGACGUAGAUAUGGAAGUUGACGACGCUGUGCCGUCAUCCACGCGGAACGAGUCCGAAAUGCAGACACACACCAAAGCAACUGCAGUCCGAUCAAUCGAGGGCUGGAUUAUCAUCGUCACAAACGUCCACGAAGAGGCCGACGAAGAAGCUUUGCAAGAUAAAUUUGGAGACUACGGAGAGAUUAAGAACUUGCAUCUCAAUCUCGAUAGGCGUAGUGGCUACGUCAAGGGCUAUGCUCUGAUCGAAUAUGCGACACUGGAAGAAGCCCGAGCGGCGAUUGAUGGAGCACACGAUACAAAACUGUUAGACCAGACGAUCCAGGUGGAUUUUGCCUUUGUCAGACCUCCUCCUGGCAAAGGCGCCAGGCAGGGUGGCGGCAGGGCUGGAGGCAGAAGAGGCCGCAGCCGAAGCAGGAGUCCGGACGCAAAGAGCAACGAUGCAUGAAAAAUUCGAGAAAACAACAAGACAACAAGUAUGCUGCCGAUGUGAUGACCCGCAGUCACGACACGUCGGCAUAUAUAAUCUAAUUCAGCGAGGAUGCCCGAGUCAAGCUCGAAACAGAUUGGAUCUCAUUAACAGCACUAUCAAUGAUCUAAGGAACACGGCAUCCCGGGCCGCUUGUCGAAUUGUGAGCGUGACAGUUGGCAAAUUCGGGCUUCGCCUCCCGAACCCAGAUAACACCUCAAAUCGGGAGAGCGCUGAUUAGCCUCUAGAUUCCCUGAGAAAUACCAGGUGAUCUUUGCUCUAAAAUAAUAUAAUAUUGAGCAGGCCUUUGUGUUUGGACGUGGUCUUCUUUUUUUAAAUACUUAUAUAGGAGAUUACUUUUACUCCCUUCAAACAAACUGCAUUACUUCAA